CUCCCCAUUACGCAGUCGGUGGACACUCCCUCAUUUUACUUUCGGGUUCAGCCAGAUCUCGACCAGCAGGAAUCUUGACCACAUGUGAAAUAAGAUGAUGAAGUUAGUGUUGCUGCUUCUUUUGUGUCACGUUUCAUCAUCAGUGAAACACUCACUGAAGUUUUACAUCACUACCUCCUCUGGAGUCCCAAACCUUCCAGAGUUUAUGAUCGUAGGAGAGGUUGAUGACAUCCAGGUGGCUUACUGUGAUGGCAGCAACAAGAUAUAUGAACCAAGACAGGACUGGAUGAAAAAAGUACUUGAUGAAAAUCCUCACGUCUGGACACUGGGCACUAAUGACUGUUUUCAGAUUUACCCUCCUCUCUUCAAAAGCAGACUGAACACUUUUAUCCAGCUCUCCAACCACAGUGAAGGUUCAGGUGUUCACAUUUUACAGACUAUGAUUGGCUGUGAACUGGAAGAAAAGACUGGAGAGGUCACUGGUUUUGUACGGUAUGGUUAUAAUGGAGAAGACUUCAUUGAACUGGAUCUGAAGAUGUUGACAUGGACCGCUCUGAGACCAGAGGCUGAUAUUAUCAAACAGGAAUGGAAUGAAGAUACUCUUAUGAUAAAAGAGUAUGAGGAAUUCCUCACUCAGAUGUGUCCUGAGUUGCUGAAGUUGGGUUUGAUGUAUGGGAACAGCUCUCUGCUGAGAACAGACGUCCCCUCAGUGUCUCUCCUCCAGAAGACUCCCUCCUCUCCAGUCAGCUGCCACGCUACAGGUUUCUACCCUGACAGAGCCAUGAUGUUCUGGAGGAAAGAUGGAGAGGAGAUUCAUGAAGGAGUGGAACAUGGAGAGAUCCUCCCCAACCAUGAUGGAUCCUUCCAGAUGAAUGUUGACCUGGACAUUUCAUCAGUCUCACCUGAAGACUGGAGGAGGUACGACUGUGUGUUUCAUCUCUCUGGUGUGGAGGACGACAUCAUCACCAAACUGGAUGAAACACAGAUCAGAACCAACUGGGUGAAGCCCAGUAACAAGACCACCACCAUCAUCAUCAUCUCUGCAGUGGUUGUUGUUGUUGUCGUCUUUGCAGCAGCUGCUGGAUUCAUGGUUCAUAAAAAGAAACAAGACCAAAAGGCUCCACCUGAUAGUGAAGAAGCUCUGAACUCUCUGAGAGACUGGAUCCAGGAACCUGAUGGAGUUGAUUCAUAACUCGUCAG